AGACUGGUUCCUUGUGUUGUGACCGUGAAUUAUAAAAGAACGCACAGUAUUGCUUCAUGUGGUUUCUCUAGCUGUUUUGGGCGACGUUUCUCUGCUGAUCUGAGCUACAAUUAUGUCGGAAAAAAAAGGUAUUCUUGAACGUUUGAAUGGAGGUGAGAUGGUCAUCGGAGAUGGUGGUUUUGUGUUCGCAUUAGAAAAGAGAGGUUAUGUGAAGGCAGGACCAUGGACCCCGGAGGCAUCUGUUGAGCACCCUGAAGCUGUGCUUCAGCUACACAGAGAAUUCUGUCGUGCUGGUGCUGAUAUUGCUCAAGCAUUCACAUUUUAUGCCAGCGAGGACAAACUUGAGAAUCGUGGCAAUGAAGCAGGAAAAAUAGGGUGUACCUCAGUGAACCAAGCUUCAUGUGAUCUUGCUAAGCAAGUUUCAAAAGAAUUUGGCUGCCUCUGGCUUGGUGGGGUCUGUCAAACUCCAACAUACUUGAGUGAAGGAAGCAAAGAAAAAGUCCAGGAAGAAUUUCGAAAACAAACCAAGGUUUUUGUUGAGAAUAAGGCUGACUUUUUGCUAGCCGAGUAUUUUGAGCAUGUUGAAGAAGCGGUUUGGGCAGUUGAAGUCCUUAAAGAGACUGGUCUUCCUGUUGCUGCAUCUCUAUGUAUUGGACCGGAUGGUGAUGUUCAUGGUGUACCAACUGGUGAAUGUGCUGUGCGUCUAGUCAAAGCUGGUGCGGACAUUGUCGGUAUCAACUGUCAUUUUGAUCCCUUCGUAUGUCUACAAGCUGUGAAGAAGAUGAAGGAGGGUUUAAAUGCAGCUGGAUUGAAAGCUCAUCUCAUGGUACAACCACUGGGGUAUCACACACCUGACUGUGGCAGGCAGGGCUUCAUUGAUCUGCCAGAGUUUCCUUUUGCCCUUGAACCACGUAUUCUCACCAGAUGGGAUAUGCACAAAUACGCUCGGGAAGCUUACGAUCUAGGAGUUCGAUACAUUGGAGGAUGCUGCGGCUUUGAACCGUAUCACAUUCGUGCCAUCUCCCAGGAGCUUGCAAAGGAACGCGGUCGAGAGUGCAUUGGAGCUGAAAAACACGAAGAAUGGGGGACAAGUUUAAGGUAUCACACGAAACCUUGGGUUCGAGCAAGAGCUGGACGUGAAUAUUGGGAAAAACUGGAGCCUGCCACUGGUCGACCCUACUCGAAAUCAUUGGCUCAUCCUGACAACUGGAAGGUGACAAGAGGCCAUGAACUUUUACAACAGCACAUUGAACCAACCUCGGAGAAGGAACAAACCGAUGUGAAGUCUUUCAGAAAAGGAUAGACGAAGAAACUAUUGAGAACUUUUCUUUGAAGAGUUUUGAUAAUAUGUGUUUUUCAAUUUGGGGGUAUCUAAAAUGCCACUAUCAUGUAGUAAUUUCACUGAUAUAAUCAAAUAAAAGUUCUUU